AUGGCAAUCCGCGGAGAGCGCUUUCAUAUCGACCUCUCUGACGACGAUGGCAGCUCCGAUGAUCACGGCUUUGCCUGCUCAAUCAAUUCUCCCUCCCUUGGUUUGAUCGGCGACAUCAAGGAGCGAGCUUCUUCUUCUACCCCGGUCCCGCCUGCUCCGCCACGAGCGCCAUCUAAUUCUGCAGGAUUUCCAGAGUCCCGAAAACGAUACACGGUCUCUUCUUUUAAAAAACAAAGAGCCGAUCCAGAUGCUCCGCGAAAUCAUCCACUACCGCCAAAGCACUAUUCUGGUAGAGUCAACCCUGGCCAAACGCUGUCCUAUGCGCAAAAUGAGAAGAGAUCUAUCGAGGAGGAAAACAAAAGGAGACUGGCUGCCAUGUCUCCUGCUGAGAUCGAAAGAGAGCGCGGCGAAUUGAUAUCUUCCCUCCCGCAAUCGCUCAUCGAACGACUUCUACGAAGAGCAAAUAUCGAAGAGGACCACCAACAUGAGGAAAUGAAACACCGGGUGAACAAGGAAAUCAAGGAGGAUAAUUCGCCAAAGGUGUUAACAGGAGAACAGGAAAAGGCGUCUACACAAUCGCAGAAAUCUUCCAAAUCAGUGUCAUUCGAUAUUCCCUCAUCGGAAACAGGCGAACAGUCCUUGGCUGCCGCGGAUUCAGAAGCACUAGAACAACUCGCCCAACCAUCAUCAAUCAUAGACAACCUACCACCCCACCAACCACCGUCUGAACUAUUUCCCGCGUCUGACUUCCCAACUGGCCCCAUCCAUUUCCCCAAACCCCCUCCACGUCAGUCUCCCAUGCCAAAUCUGAACCCUUCUUCCUCCUCUUUCCUUGCAGACCUGCAAACCCAUUACUUCCCCGACAUCCCACACGAUCCCUCCUCCCUCUCCUGGCUUCAGCCAUCACCACCACCAAGCCCCUCCUCCUCCCACGCCCCAUCCAACCCCUCCAUAUCACCCUACCACCCAGCCAGCACCGCCACCUCCAUCUCCCCUGCUGCCCUCCGCUUCUCGCUCACCGGUGCCCUCCUCGCACCGCGCACCUCUCUCUCCAUCCCUACAACCCACGGCCUGCACCACCACGCUGCUGACCCCGAAGCCGCCGGCUACACAAUUCCCGAACUCGCGACCUUAGCCCGCUCCACCCUCCCCGCUCAACGCUGUCUCGCUUGGCAGGUUCUCGGCCGGUUUCUCUAUCGAUUAGGUGUUGGGGAGUUUGGGGAGCGUGGGAGUGCGCUCGUCGAAGGUCUGUGGGCCGUUGUGGAGCGCGAGGGUGUGGUUGCGGGCAUGCUGGCCGAGGCUGGCGGGGGAAGUAGUGGAUCGAAAAACGAAUUUACAGCUGCUACUGCUGCGAGUAAUGCGGCUAGAAUUGGAAAACAUGCCAGCGCAAGGGCGUGGGCGACUGAGGCGGUUUGGCUUUGGAGGAAGGGUGGGGGUGGAGAUAGAGGAUUGACGAAGGAAGGGGUUCUUAGGUCGAAGGAGCAAAUUAUGGGUGGGAGUGGUGACCGGGGACCUUCGUGA